UCCAAAACAAUUGACGUUGUUGAUAAAACAGAAGAUUUGUUGAAGCAUAAACCUGAAGUCAAUGCGGAUUUUGAACGAUUGCUACUGGGUUCUCCUAAUUCUUCGUAUUUAUGGAUCAAUUACAUGGCUCAUCAACUCAAACUUUCCGAAAUAGAUAAGGCACGUGAAAUUGGUGAACGUGCUCUCAAAACUAUAAAUUAUAGAGAGGAGCAAGAAAAGAUGAAUAUAUGGGUUGCUCUUAUGAAUUUAGAGAAUAAUUUUGGAACAGAUGAAAGUCUCGGAGGUGUAUUGAAACGAGCAUUACAGGCCUGUGAUCAAAAGAAAAUAUAUAUGCUGCUCGUGGAUAUUUAUGAGCGUUCAGACAAGAAAGAGCUUGCACAACAAACCUAUCAAACUAUGUUGAAGAAGUUUUCUCAAAGCUACAAGGUUUGGACAAAAAUGGGGUUGUUUCAUAUAAAGCACGGUAACGUUCAGGCUUCUCGUGAUUUACUUCAACGAAGUUUGCGUUCCUUGCCAAAACGAAAACAUAUUAAGGCCAUAACCAAAUUUGCACAAAUGGAAUUCAAAUAUGGAGAAGCUGAAAGGGGUCGUACGAUAUUCGAAGGAAUGAUGAGUAAUUAUCCCAAGAGAGUAGACUUGUGGUCUAUAUAUAUUGACAUGGAAAUAAAAGCUGGUGAUUUUGACAUAGUUCGGCGUCUGUUUAGAAGAAUUACUGAAAUGAAAUUUUCAUCAAAACAUAUGAAACUUUUCUUUAAAAAAUGGUUAGCAUUUGAAAAGGAACACGGUAAUGAAGAACAUGUAAACCAUGUUAAGGAAAUAGCACAAAGCUUUGCAGAAUCAUUAAAUUAA